CGUUGAUUCAUGUAAUACUACAGUAGGUAUCCCCUCGACAGCUGUUGAAAGGUACAUUUAAACACAUGUGUCUAAAUUAAAGCUCUAUGGCGUUAAUUUUUCGCUGUGCUGUCAAUCCAGAUCUCAAGAAACGCCAUGACCAGCUUUUUGAUGAACUCAUGGAGUCUCCUUCCUGUUAUGGAGGUUAUAAAGAACUAUGCGGUUUUCUCCAGAAGUACUGUAAGGCGAGCGAUCGAAUUAUAACUGCUGGCUGUGCACUGUCAGACUGUAGUAAUGGCGAGUCUCUGACUGAAGAUUUGUAUGAUGCGGGUUAUCAUUCUGUUGUUGGUGUGGAGAGCUCAGAGAACUUCGUUACUAGUUCCAGGGAAAGAAACAAGGAGAAGAGACCAGAAAUGCACUUUAUUGAGGGACAUGUCUUGAAUGUUGAUCUUGAUGAUGAAAGUUUUAAUGUUUUGAUAGAUAGGGGUGAACUAGACAGACUGCAUAAAGAUUGCUCAUCUUGCCAGAGAACUGAUUCAAACAUCAUAGAGUACUUUGAAGUAGUACAAAGAAUUCUUAAAGUAGGAGGCCGCUUUAUUUGUUUCUCAUUUGCAACAGAUGACAUCUUGGACAAACUGCUGCAUUAUUUUUCAUCUGGAUGGUUUUUUAGGGUACAUUUGGUAAACAAAGAGACAUCAGGUGGAAAAUCGAUACCAUUACCACUGUUUUGUCUUGUGUUAACAAAGACAAAAUUUGCAGGGUCAUCAACUCAAUCGCUACAAAUCAUUGAAAUAUGUCUGGAUGGAAUAGAGACUAUCCAAAGAGUAAACUCUUUCUCAGAUGUCAAGAUUACUCUGCAAGAAAUCCAACAGUAUUUUGUCACAAAGAGAUCACUAGAGAAAUUAUGUCCUGGCCAGCCUGUCAUGGUGGAUUUGUAUCAAGCAUCAGGAAAUCAAAAACAAAGAAGUGAAGCUCGUUACUCAAUGACAACUGUUGACUUACAACAUUCAUCAGCAAAAAAUGGAAAAUUUGCAAUAUUCAUUGUUCCACAAGGGAGGGAGACAGAGUGGCUAUUCUCAUCCAAAGACGGACAAAUGGAACUGACCACCAAUGCAAGUUUUGAGCGUGUCGUCAUAGUUACUCUAGGAAGAGGGCAUACAUUUAGUGACAUGGACUCUAUUAAGAAGGAACUGUCUACAAAAGUCAUGGAACUUGCUCCCAGAAGACUCAAUCAAAAUGCGCAGGUGCCAUUUCUUUCUAUUGGAGAAGAUCUUGGAAAUCGUGUGGUCUUACAUGAAGGAAGUUCAGCAUUAAGUGGUGACUAUGUGGUGGAAGACAUUGACGGAGAUAGUGGACAGAAAUUUCGCCGACUGAUUUUCCUGAACAACAAGAAUGUGAUACAAUCAGAGGCUAGGCUAGUAACAGAUAAGGCAAAUGCUAAGAAAAGCAAAGGGAAACAGAAGAAGAAGGCUGCUGUUAGCGGCGGCAGUCCCCAAGUGGAUCAUGGGUAUUUAGCAUGUCAGCAUCACAGGGUUAUUAUCACUGGUUUGGCCUGGAUUGAAGGAUUUGUUGCAACAGGUGACCCAAAGAAAGGUUUAAUAGUUGGUCUGGGUGGUGGAGGACUUGCAAUGUUCCUUUAUCAGUACUUCAAACAGCUUUCCAUGGAAGUUGUUGAGUUGGAUCCAUGCAUUUCUGAAAUUGCCAAAACCUGGUUUGAAUUCAAAGAAGAUGAGCGAAUGAAAAUCAUCAUUGAAGACGGUUUGAAAUACAUUGAGACCAAAGAAAGUGACCAUGGUUAUGAUGUGAUUAUAUUUGACGUGGAUUCCAAAGACACCAGUGUAGGAAUGAGCAGCCCGCCGAAAGCAUUUGUCGACAGAACAUUUCUAACUCGGGUCCAUUCCCUUCUCUCUCCUUCAGGUGUUUUCAUCCUAAACUUAGUUUGUCGUAACACAGACCUGAGAGAUCAAGUUGUGAGUGAUCUUUACACCGUGUUCCCUGAGCUCUACAGCAUCGGAAUUGAAGGAGAAGUCAACGAAAUCGUGAUCGCUUUGCCACAAAAUAGAUACCAGUCGGCAACUGAAUACAAGAAAUCAAUUGGCACGCUAAGAGCGCUCUUUCAAAGCUCAGUUGUGAAGUUACAGAAGCUUGCUAAGAGUCAAAGUCAUUCUUGGGACCCGACCCUUGAUUUGUGCCAACUUGUAGACAACGUUCAAAUUUUAUAGAAAUAAAAGUGAACAGAAACAAAGUCAUCGAUUUGCAUCAGUUUAUUAUAAAACAAAAUUAUGUUUAGACGUGUUUAUAAAUAGACAUUAGUCUCAUGUUAUGUACAUUUCACAUAAAAAAAGAAAUUACAAAAAUUACCACACACGUAGGCAAAAGCAAAAUAAGGUAUAGUGUUAUGUUAAGAAAAAGGAAAGUGUCUUCAUACAUUAAUUGCCAUCUCACACACCUCUUCAAAAUUUAACUAGUUUGAAUACCAGUAAAAUCUCAGAAGCAGUUGAAAGUUUUUAAGUGUAAAUAAGAACGUAAAAGCAAUAACGUUAUCUGAGUGUUAUCAGACAGUUUGUGUCAACUAAAAGUGACUUUACAGAUGUGUUAAUACAGUAUAGUACAUUAGAUAUUUUACAAAAAUGUAUCAUUUUACAAUUGCCUUAGAAAGAUAUCAAUAUAUGCAUAUUACAUAUGCACAAACAUUUGAGGAAGACAAUCAUUUUUUAGAAAACUCUUAUCCGCCAAACUAUUUAUCAAUGAGAUAUCAAUACAAACAAUUAAUUGCUAUUUACAAUGAAGUCACAAAGAUAGUUGAUUAACUUGAAUUUUCACUUGCUUAUGGGCCCUAUAAAGAAAAAAAAACAGAGAUAGGUAAAUAUAGAGCAGUUGACUAUACUAAUAAUCCUAUCGUUAUUUUACGAGACAAUACGAAAAAUUAGCCACUCUCGUUCACGUUCUCCAAAAUACACAGAACUUAGUCAUUUCACGUU